CUGAGCUUAAACUCUGAAGCUGAACCGGCACCGCAAUAACGGGACUCGGCGAUCAUGAGCUUGUACCAUAAUCAGGCACCGCAGCCUGGUAUGGGUCCCUCGGCUCUCACCUUGACCAAGUCACUGAUCUAUGUGUAUGGCGGCGAGGUUGGAGGCAUUAUCCCCUCGCUGGGAUUUGCCCCAGCAAGACAGGAGGCUCCUCAGAAGCCGCCCUUUAGCUACAUCGCACUUAUCGCAAUGGCCAUCAAAAACGCACCGGACAACCGCGCCACUCUGAGCGGCAUCUAUCAGUUCAUCAUGGACCGUUUCCCCUUCUACCACGACAACAAACAGGGCUGGCAGAACUCGAUCCGGCACAACCUCUCCCUGAACGACUGCUUCAUCAAAGUUCCCCGGGAGAAGGGGCGUCCGGGGAAAGGCAGCUACUGGACGCUGGACCCCAAAUGCCUGGACAUGUUCGAGAACGGGAACUACAGGAGAAGGAAGCGAAAGCCCAGACCACAGGACACAGGGGAGGCCAAGGCGAGCCACGUAAGAAACCGGGGGGUGGAAACGGUCGAUCAGCAGUCACAGGAGAAAGAGCACGGGAAUCCGUCUGAACACCCCAAAGUCCGCGGAGGACGGCGGAGUGCGACUCCGCAUUUGGCCGUGCACGGAACGUCAUCCACCAACCCUACGAAGAAGCACCCGACGGGUGCGAGACCCGGGUCCCCGAGCGAGGGGUCACGCGCAACACCGCUGGGAACGGACUCGAAACUGCACACGUCGCGCGCGAGCGAGACGAUCGCGGGGAGGAGGCCCGCGGACGCGCAAGGUAACGGUGACUUCGCUGGACACGAGCAGAUCCAUGAGGUUAAACCGGACGGAGCGACUCCAGAGAUGAACACUAGAAAAACAACCGACAGGUCGAAAGAGUUUAGCAUUGAUAGUAUUUUAUCGAAGAGGGUCGGUCAGUGCCAGAGACGGUGCAGCUGUGCAGACUCAGCGGUGACUCGCGUGGGAGCGCGCGAUCAUGCGCUCGCGUCGUCGCUCCUGCUGGGCGCACACGCGCCACCACUUUAUCCCAGGGGCCACCCGCUCUGCUCGUACGUGUCCUUGGUCCUCCCUGAAAAAGCGUUUCACCUUAGCGAGAAGACUGGCGAACAAUUAUUCUACUGAAUAUCUGGACAUGUUGCUACGGGAUGAAGGUAUCAAAUGAGUAAUAUUUAGUCUAGUUUCCGUAAGAACUGGAUGGGGUUCAACAAUCCUUUACCACUGUAAAUCACCCAUAAGAUUUCAAUUAAUUCAAUCAAGAUAUUGUAUUAUUAUUAUUGUUGUUGUUGUUCUUCUUGGCGGAGCUUCAGAUAUGGCUAGCAGUCCUUACGCUGCCGAUUAUCAGCCCUUACUGUGUACAUGUAAACGUUUAUUUGGACUAUGGUUAUUAUUAUGAUCCUUUCUGUGCUUGUAAGAGGGAUACAAGACGAAUUACAAGUUGUAUAAUGCUGUCGCUUUCUUCUCAAGUACCUCAUAGAUGAAACGCUUGUGGACAUUUUGGGGAAAAUAUAAUUGUUUGAAUGUUAAAGGAAUAAUCAUGGCAUGCAAUAAACAUGCCUAUUGUACAAAUAAAACA